AUGGAGCCAAAGCCUGAAGAGAUAGAGCCUGUGAGAGUUGAGGACAAGAAAAAGAGCCCAGUGAAAGAGUACCAGCCACCUAUCCCAUAUCCUGCUCGACUGAGGCAGGAAAAGGAGAUAUUGAGCAAUAAGAGGAAACUGGAGGACUUGAGAUUGGUGACCCUGAAUGAAGAGUGCUCCGCCAUUCUACAAAAUAAGUUGCUUGUUAAGAGGCGUGAUCCAGGGAGUUUCAUUGUACCCUGUGUCAUUGGUGAAUUACCUAUUAGUGGUGCUUUAGCUGACUUAGGAGCUAGUAUUAACUUGAUGCCCACUAGCUUGUUUGAUAGACUUGGUUUGAGUGAGCCUAAACCCACUUGGAUGAGCAUUCAGUUAGCUGAUAGGACUAUUAAGAUUCCUAGGGGUAUAGUUGAGGAUGUACUUGUUAAGGUAGACAAGUUUACAUUUUCUGUUGAUUUCGUUGUCAUGGAUAUGGAGGGUGAGAGUGUUGUGCCACUGAUCUUAGAUAGACCUUUCCUUGCUAUAUCUAGGGUUGUUAUAGAUGUUUGUAAUGGGAAGCUCCAACUUAGGGUAGAUGACGAGACUAUCACCUUUGACUUAACGACUUCCAUGAGACAUUUCCUAAACCAUGAUGAUACUGUAUGUUUUGUGGAUGUCUUGGAUGAUGUUGUUGAGUCUCAUAUACAUGAGAUUUUGCUUGAUAAUCCUUUGCAGGUUGCAUUGCAAGGAGAUGAAAAUGAGUAUUCCACGAAACCCUGA